UCCCGGUGCGGCUCGCUGCGUCGUGGGCGGACGGACUCCGGGGGACUGAACAGGCGAGUGACAGCGGACACGGGUCGUCCAGCCACAGCGACGCGGGUCAGACGAGUCGCCGCCAGUCUGCUGAACGCCAGGUCGAAGGCUUUCUGGCAGUCGGAGAGAGAAACGUCGCUCGGCGACGCGACCGACUGACUCGAGAGUGUCCGGUUUCCUCACUCGGAGGGUUUGCGAUGCCCUCUGACUUUAUCACCCUUUUCAGCGGGGACCUCGACCUGAGUCCUCCCAAAUCCUUCUACUCUAAAGAAUCUGCGUAUGACCUUCUUCCCAGAGAGCUACAGCUGCCUUCUUUCACCCAUCAGAGCCUGAAAGUCAUGAGUCAAACGAGCGGCGGAGAGGCAGGGCCUCCCCCUUCAGCUGCUUUAGCAUCAGAUGCCAUGUCCUCUAUGACCAUGGAAGGCCCCCGCAGUGCUUUUCCCACCUCGUCCACCCAAACCAUGCGUUCCAGUCCUUCAGCCAGUGACCCGGUCCACUGCGGCACUGUUGACCCGGAGGACGCAAGGAGCAGCCGAGUGGUCCCUGAGGUCAUGGGGGCAGACGGUGGCACUGGUAGCGGCAGGAGUAGCAGCGAGCCACGAGGAGUAAGAGGCGGAACGUCCCAGGAGGCCCAGCCACAUCAUCAGAUGACCCCGUCCAAGCGCCGCACUGUGCUGAACAUCUCUCCACCUCCACAAGACCUGCUGGAUGACAGCCGGAUGUCUUGCCAGGAUGGAACGUCUCUGGAUUCGGAGCAGAGUAACAGCAUCUGGAUGGAAGACUCUCUCUCCAACUUCAGCAUCGUAAGCGCUGUUUCUUACAAUGACAACAAUGAGGUGCCACGGAAGUCCCGCAAACGUACGCCUCGUCAGAGGCCUGGCCCUAAGUCUGCAGGACGCGGGGAGUCCAGCAUGGACGUGUUCGACGCAGACAGUGCCAAAGGUCCACACUUUGUACUGUCACAGCUAGGCCCUGACAACAAGACUGGAUCCAAAGGAAGCAGCUCUAAUGAUCCUCAUACAACGAACCAGAAAGGAGGAUCACUUUCGAGGCAAUACCCACAAAGAAGUGAGGGGAAGGAAGUGAGGAUCCUCGUCCAGCCAGAGACUCAGCACCGAGCGCGCUAUCUGACUGAAGGCAGCAGAGGGUCGGUGAAGGACCGCACUCAACAGGGCUUUCCCACAAUAAAGCUGGAGGGAGUGAAUGAGCCGGUGUUCUUGCAGGUGUUUGUGGCCAACGACACUGGACGUGUGAAGCCUCAUGGUUUUUAUCAAGCUUGCAGGGUUACUGGUCGCAACACCACAGCCUGCAAAGAGGUGGACAUUGAUGGGACAACUGUCAUCGAGGUGUCCCUUGAUCCAAGCACCAACAUGACACUAGCGGUGGACUGUGUUGGGAUCUUAAAGCUCCGUAACGCUGACGUCGAGGCUCGUAUUGGUGUGGCAGGAUCGAAGAAGAAGAGCACUCGCGCUCGGCUGGUGUUUCGGGUCAACAUCCCCCGUCCAGAUGGAUCAGUUCUCACACUACAGACUCCCUCACAUCCAAUCCUGUGUACUCAGCCUGCAGGAGUUCCUGAAAUCCUGAAGAAGUCACUACACAGUUGUUCAGUGAGAGGCGGCGAAGAGGUCUUUAUCAUUGGAAAAAACUUUCUGAAAGACACCAAAGUCAUUUUUCAGGAGAAAGUCUCUGAUGAGAAAUCGUGGAAGGCAGAGGCUGAGAUUGACAUGGAGCUGUUUCACCAGAAUCACGUGAUCGUGAAGGUGCCUCCGUACCAGAACCAAUCCAUCACCUCUUCAGUGUGUGUGGGGAUCUAUGUGGUGACAAAUGCUGGGAGAUCCCAUGAUGUUCAGCCCUUUACCUACACUCCAGAUUCAGCAAAGAAUGAUGUUCCUGUGAAGAAAGAAGUGCCUUCUCCAGUGAAGACUUGCUCAGUUGAUGAACAAAUUAAAGAUGGCGACUUGAUGCCUCCGAUGUUGCGUUUAGUGAAGAGAGAACAUGUCACUCCGAUGGAGGUCACCAGCAACAUCCAAUCUUCUGGUGUAUUCAAGCAGACUAGUGACCUGUGCCCCCCACAGCAGAACCCAGACAUGACUGCAGGCCACCUAAAUAAAAACAGACCAUUCUCCAACAACCUGUCUCCUGCAGGCGAACCCGACCAAAGCCAGCCUCCUGUUUCCCACGCAGAGCCCUUAGGCACAAUUCAGAAGCAGGACAUGGCGGCCACCGGCUCCUUCUCUGUGCCCGUGGAAUCUCUGCUCCAGCAAGGACCACGGCAGUUCCUCCUGGAGCCCCAUGAGGGUCUCGGACAGGACAGGCUCGGCGACGGCUCUGGAUCUGUGGGGAGUCUGUGUGGAGAACCUGCACCUCAACAGCAGCAACUGCCUCUUUUCCCCCCAGACGAAGUAGCCCAGCUGGAGGAGGCAGUGAGGCAGCUUAAAGCCAAAGGGUUCUGUAACAUGGACAACUCGAUGGCCAAACACCAGCAGCAGCACCACCUUCAGCACCAACAACGUAUCCAGAAACAGCAAAUUCAGCAGCAACAAAUCCAGCAACAACAGCUUCAGCAGCAGCAGCAAGCGUUGGAGACUUUACAGCAGCAGCUGUUUCAGUCACAGAUUCAGAUGCAGUGUGGCAUGUUUCAGGACGCCCCUCAGGCCAAGAACGCAGAGCAGCAGGGCCCGUCACAGGGGGUGGUGCCGAACCAAGGGACACUUUUUCAACAGGCCCAACAACAACAGCAGCAGCAGCAACAACACCAACAGCAGCAGCAGCAGCAGCAGCAACAAGCGGCUCUCUUUCAGCAGGCUAGUGAAUUGCUCUCGAUUCAGACCAACUUUCUCCAGCAGACCCCAGCACACCCUUCCCCACCCAUGUUCCACAACCCCAGUUCUUUGGCUAAAACGCAAGAUUCACAGGCAACGUUGUUCCAGAAAGCCUCUCAGGAACAGGUCCAGGCCACUCUUUUCCAAAACACCAUGACAGUACUGCAGUCUCCGGACCAACAGCCAUCCACCCCUGGACUUUUCCUCCCUCAGACAUCCCUGUCUUCUCAGCUCGCAACCAGUAGUGCUCAACAACAACAACAACAACAACAACAACAACACCAGCAGCAGCAGCAACAGCAGCAGCAGCUGGCCUUUCUCAGUGCUCUACAAGCGCCCGCCUCUGAACCACAAUCUGUGUUUCAGGCUCAAACCCAGCUCCCCACAAUACCACAGAGAAGCCCGAUGGAGCAGCAUCAGCCUUCCCAGCCUCAGCCCCACGCACAGCCGGCCCAGCAGGCCUCCCUGUUUCAGAGCAUGCCCCCACACCCGUCUGCGAACACGCUUUCAGCCGGCCAGCAGCAGCAGGCGGGCCUGCUGUUCUGCAACAACCCCCUGUCCGCUCCGGAACAGGCCUCCAGCCUGCUGUUCAGCAGCCAGGGGCAGAUGCCACCACUGACCAGCAGCAGCUUGGUCUCCCAAGAGCCCCCAAACACCUCUCUGCUCUUUUCCCAGGCAGGCAUGGUGACAGUAAACCAGCAGGAUCGGUCCGAGCCCAUGGCCUUAGGAAACCCCGCCGAUCCACGGCAGCGGGUUGUCAUGUUUCAGGAGCAGCAGCCGAUGCAGCUGGGCAGCAGCUCAAACAACCGGCAGGAGCAACCUGUGGGCCUCUAUAUGCCUCAGGCCAACAUGGGCUCUCUGCAGGGGGCGCUGGCUACUCAGGAGCUCGCACAGUCCGCCAUGUUUGCCUCACAGAACGGCGUGGCGAACCUCCAGACGACCACCUCCUCCCCCGUUCAACAGCCGGGGACUCUGUUUCAGACGGCUGUCAGUGGGAGCGUCAAUCAGCCCAGCCAGCCUCAACAACCUGGCCUCUUCCUUUUUGGGAUUCAGAACGAAUGUGACCACCUGAUGAACGCGCCGGGAAACACGCUGUCGGAUCAGAUUAUUGCCAUUAGCCAGUCUGGUCAGAACCAAAGAGAGAGUGAAGCGCACAUCCAGUCUCUGCUCAACCAGUCCCUGUCUCAAUCUGGGCCCGUGCCGAACAGCUUGGCCGCCUCUCAGAACAUGGAGAAGAUGGAUGACCUGCUGGUCAGCUUGCAGGAGUCCGGCGGCAACUUAACGCGCUCGUACUAACCCCGUCGUUUGAUUUUUAUACUUUUAACGAUGGUAAAAUGUAGAAAAGAAUAGACAAAACACUACUACAUACAGUAAAAUAGUUGUGAAUUAACCCUGAAUCAUAAAGUUUAAAACAAAUCUGAACUUUCCGGUUUACUUCCAAAGAUUUAUCAAUGCUGUCCUCGCCAACAGAAGACACAAUCCCCUUGUGGUUAUUCUCCAGAGGCAUGAAUGACGUCGGUUAUCUCAUUGUUAACCUCGAAUUGGACAAAUUAACAUCCUGUCAAAGAAUUUCUCGGCUCAGUGAAAAGUGAGUAUCGCUUAUUGACUUCAUGACAUUGUGACACGUGCGGAAUUAGAUGGACUCCAGGCGACAGGAAAAUUGUCAUUACUUCAAAAAGACAACACAAUUUGUUUAGUGUGUAUCUGCAGCUGGAUUGUCAGAGACCUGAUCUGUAGCGUCUUCUGACGUUUUUUUCCACAAAGUGUCCUGUGGUUCCCGUGAUUAUUGUUCCCUUUUGAUACUUUUUGGUAUUUUUGUUGCACAGAAGGUUGAGUGUGCAGUAUAGCAGCGGGAUUUAGAGGUGGCAGUCUGCUUAAAUACAGCGAUGAUGUGGAAGGUAGUUGACUUGGUUUGAAAUAUUGUUAUGCAACAGUGCAGAAAGUGUAUUGAGCGAAGGUUAGAGAUGACGCAGAGAAAUUAAAGUUAGAAGAAAAUAGAAAAGUGUGUUACACUAAUUUGAUGUGUAGAUUUCAUGUGGAUUGUUUUGAAUGUUAUAGCAAGUAGCUUACACCUAAUAAUAUUAAUAUAUUCACUCAAGCCGUCUGAUAGGCGACAACGUAACUUUGGUGUUCAUUAAUGUAUAGAAAGAGGCUGUGCUCCGUAGGCGUUUGACUGAAGCGAUGUGGCAUUUUGCUGCCAUCUGCAAGAUGCUGGUAUAAAUUAGAUUUAGUCUUGUCUAGAAACCGUUCGGUGCGGUAAUACCUGUAAAGAACAUUUGAGGUUUGGCGAACAGCUGACAGCGUGGCUCUGCAGGGAAGGUCCCCUCCAGCUGUGAGACGUAUCUUUCGAAUGAGAUACUUUACCGGUGGUGCAGUAGCACUUUGUGAUAUAGAUAAGCAAACGUUUUCAGCCUAACAUUUAGUCUGUUUUCACCCAAACCAAAUUGUGUCAGUUCGCUGCUUUUAAGAGCAGAUUCUCCUUUUAAUACAUUACUGAGUCAUUUAAGAAAGUGUAACGGUAUAAAUAUGAAAUAUUGGCUUUUAUUUUUAGAUUUAUGUUCAGCACGUUACAAUGCUGUUCUUUGUGACCACUUACCUCAGCGGGGGUACAGUACGGUGUCGUGGGAUUCUGUUAGUUGCCUCUUCCACUUUGUUUACAGUGAAGGAGACACAUUUUUAAACAUGCUGUUACAAUUUAGAAUCAUCCCAAAACGUAUACAUAAUUUACUAGUUAAAACCAGUGAAAAAUGUGCAUUAAGGACUCAAAUAAUCUUAUUUCAGUCUACAUAUAACUUUUUAAUGUAACAUAUCCACAGCAGAGAGAGUAGAAUAUAAUAUAGUAUUCUGUUAACAUGUGUUUUAGUGUCAUUUUUCAGAUAUCAUUGUGCGUCAGACACACAUGAUUAGGAUUAGGAGGAUUACUAUUCUUAAAUCAACAGUGAAUGUAGAGGAGAAACAAACUGUACGUCAUACAUCUCAUCCAGGUUUUGGUAUUUACAUGCAGGAACCCCUUUCACAUGUUUUCUUAUAAACGCUGUCCUCUGGCGUCGGCCAGUGGCUUCAGGACCAAAGUUUCACUCAAAUCUCGCUUUGCAGACCUGAUGACAGGCCAGUUUUAUGGCUCGUGAGCUUUUACUUUUCUUUAAUUUCUCAUGAGAAACAUAAGAUGGUUUCAUUAUCAGUCACAAUGUCCUGCUGCCACACUUUCUUCUUGUUUGUUGUUGUGUGGUUUUAGGAAAGAAAACACGUUUGUGUCACUGUAAGUGUGUGCAUGAACGAGGGGCCGGUGUCGGAUGAUGAAUUAGCUCGGUUUGACGUCUCAGUCGUUGUCUUGUUUUCUACGUUCAGAUUGGCAGAAACACAAGCGCACGUUACAUGUCAUACACUUCAAAUUCAGAAACCGCUGUUUAAUGAUGGAGAUAAACUUGACCAAUGUGAUUUGAGGAACUACAGCGUAAGAGAAUGCUCUUUAAAAGGACCCAAAUCCUGAAGGAAACCUGACGUUGGAGGGAAGAGCCAUCUGUGAUCGGCUUUCUUCAACUUGUGAAAUAGAAGAAAUAAGAUUUCCCCGUUUUGAGUAUUUAUGAUGUUAUUUCUUUUUUUUUUUUUUUUACAAGGUUUUGAUGUUUUUGUUUAUUUUAAUCUGUGUAGUACCAGCCUCUGUCAUUGGAGAGUCAUGUCUAAUUUAUGUUGGUGUUCUUUAUUGUUUUCCUUUUUCAGUUUUGUGGAGAUAUUUUCUGCAUUGAUAACGGCGAUGUUAUUUGGUCUCCUGCUACUGCUGAUUCUGUAACUUCCUCUUUGGGAAGAUGGUGGCGAUGCAUUUAAAUGAGGUGAUUUACACAAAUACAUUCCUGUGCACUGUUAUCUUUUGGAGAUUUUGUAAAUACACACCUUAAUGUACUUAUCAUGUUCUUGCUCAAGGCUCGUGAUCUGACCCCCGGCCUUGUGGUAAUUGCGUUUUAGUUUUAAUCCCUCGAAACCGGACCUACAAAUUUCAGUAUUUUUACAAUGAUAUAGAACUGACUGUGAACAUGCAGCCUGCCUGUAAUUGAACUUUUAUGCACAUAGUGUGGAGGUAAUUACUUUUUGGAAAUUACAGUUUCCUCAUUUGUGUAUUUGCAAUGUAACUGGAGAUCAGAAAUAUAUAAAGGAGAGACCAAUUAUACAGUCACUACUAACUACUAAAGUACUAGAUGCUACAUACUGAAUUUCUCCUUCUUACAGUAUAAUAUGUGGUUUAAUUUUAACAUCACCUAUUGAUUUAAUAUUAACACCAUUAAACAGCAAUAAAAGAUGUUCAGUCCCCCACACUCCCUAAAAUGUCACCAUAGACACCUGUAGAUAAACACCUACACGUGCCUUGAGGAGGUGAUGCAGAAGCGACCAGAUGUUUUGCCAGGGAUGAAUAGUCCUCAUUAACUAAAAUGGUAUAGGCCAUAAAGCUUGACAAGAGUGACCAGCUAAUGUGGUUUUGGUUGAUAAACAUGUGGUGAAAUUUCUGUCACACAUCUAACUUGUUCGUACUGAAGUAUCCAUCGCAUUUAUGUUAAACAACGUACAUGCAGACUAAUUUUCCCUGAAACUGCUAUGCAGCUAAUAUACUGUAAAUGUAGAUCUGUUUUUGAAUAUAUAUUUUUCUAAAUAGCAUCUCCUGUUUUCAGCAUGAAGGAGAAACUAAAG